AUGGCAUCUGAAAAUUUUGAACAAAGUAGUACAGCAUUACUUCAAUUCUUAAUGAAAAGGCCAAAGUUCAAUACACAAUUUUCUGAAAUGAUGAAUUAUAUGAUGGAUCAGAUCAUGCAGAAGGUUAUUUCAAAAGUACAAAAUGCUUUGGAUAUUACUCCAAAAAAUGAUGAGUUGCUUGCUCAAAUUGAUUGUGUAUUGAUAUUAAAUGCAGGUGGUGAAUUGACUAAUUCAAUUCGUUAUAAAUAUAAUCAGGAAAAUCAUCCAAAAAAGUUUCAUUCCAAUAACCUUGAUAAUUUACUCAAAUACUACAAAAAAGAGAUUCUUGAUUCCAAAUAUCAACAAUUAGUUAAAAAUUAUCCAGCAUUAGAAAGCCUUUUAAAAGUAGAAGAACAUGGAAUUAAAAGUUAG